CCAUGGGAACCUGUCCUCUCCAGGGUUGGCUGUUCCUGUUUCUCCUGGGAGCCUCCUCCUUGACCUUGGCGAAAAAUUUGUAUUGUCACAAGGGUGUAUCUGUGAGUAUAGAAGAGGAUCCAAGAAAUACAUUUAACUGGACCACUGGGAAAGUUGAGACUUGUGACAAUGGGGCAUUUUGCCAGGAAUCCGUGCUGUUGAUUACAGCAGGGGCCAAGACAGCGGUUUUGGCCACUAAGAGCUGCAUCUCCGAAGGGACACAGGCAAUAACGUUUGUGCAGCACUCUCCACCCUCCGGCAUACUCACAAUCUCCUACAGUAACUACUGUGAGGAUUCCCUUUGCAACAACAGGGAGGACUUAUCUGAAUUAUUGAAGCCAGAACAGACCCCAGUUCCCAAUGUGACAACACCCCUCCACUGCCCAACCUGUGUGGCUUUGGGGACCUGUUUGAGUGCUCCUUCUCUUCCCUGUCCCAGUGACACAACUCGAUGCUAUCAAGGAAGACUUCAGAUCGUUGGAGGAGGCAUCAACUCACCUUUGGAGGUCAAAGGCUGUACAUCCGUGACUGGUUGCAGGCUGAUGUCUGGGAUCUUUACAGUAGGACCCAUGUGGGUGAAGGAAAUGUGUCAGCCCCAGUCUCUCACUCAGCCCCGAAAGGCUGAAAAUGGGGCCACUUGGCUCCUCAUUUCGGUUUGGAGGUUAGAGCUGCUGCUGCUGCUGUUGCUGUGGUCGCUUGUCCAUUGUUUCUGAGGAGGCACUUCUGGUCUGGAGUGAAAGGACACCUCUUUUGACUGGAAGUCUUCUGACUGUUGGUCAUCAACAAGUUGAGGAGCAGGUGGAGAUUUGAAGAACAAAGUGUUCCUGUGGAUUUAUUUGACAUUUCUAAUAAAGUUUCUGCUGUGAUUUGUG